UCACAUAGUAAUGCAUGGUGAAGUUUUUUUCGAGCUUUAAUGUUCUAGGCCAACGCUCAGUUGUUAGGUGGCUUCUACAGUGAUAUUAAGCAAUACAUAUUUUACCACCAUUUACCGUCACUUUUGAUACAGUAAUAUUUCUUAAAUUAAACUGAAAUCAAUUACAUACAUUACAACAUUACAUAAUUUUUGCAGAUAGGUGGGGGUGUAAUAACUUUGAUGAAGCUAAUAUUAGCUAGCCGGUAGUCUAAUGCUAGGCAUCACGAGUAGGUAUAAACUAUUUGCAUAGCUGGUUUCUAGGAAGACUUUAGCGUUGAACUCCGCUGAGAUCUUAAAGGGCCUUUUAUCACAAUAGUAACUGCUAUAGCGUCAUACUGACCGCUAAGCUCCCUGCUUCCAAGGGAGCCAUAAGAUUUCGGUAACUUUCUGCAUCCCUCCUUUGAGUCAUCAUAUUUAUUAGAUAGUAAAAUCACUACUAAAAACCGGAGACAUAGGUCUCCGGUUUUUAAUGGUGAUUAGUGCAAGAAAGUCAGUGACUUAAGAUUUCGGUAACUUUCUGCAUCCCUCCUUUGAGUCAUCAUAUUUAUUAGAUAGUAAAAUCACUACUAAAAACCGGAGACAUAGGUCUCCGGUUUUUAAUGGUGAUUAGUGCAAGAAAGUCAGUGACUUGACCAAUGGCGACACCAAUUACACAUUUAUUUUAUAAACAGCCCAAAUACUUCCAUUCGUAUAUUCUCGGAAAAAAUCUUUAUCUCUCAUUAAAGAAACUGGGUUUUAGGCUGUACUCAAAUUCGUUAUUCUUUAUGUUGACACAUGUUCAAUGUGAACUUAUUUCAUGAAAUAUACAAAGCGUCUUUUCCAAUAUGCAUCUCUGUUAGAGCUCAAGUUCAAAUUAAAAAGUCGCCGUUCCGACAAAGGGUUAUGAACUGACUUUGUAAUGUAUAAUGUUGGCCAACAGCAAAUGAAAAGGUUGGAAACAAAACCCAAUUCAAGAAAAUUGUUAGAACUUAAUUUGAAACCUAAGAGAAGCAUUUUAUACCACAUCUGAAAUCACAGUCCUACGAGAAAACGUUGUAUUAUUGAAGUCAUGUUUAGAUGUGAAAAAGAAACUGAUAUAAAAUGUUUAUGAGAAGGCAAAAAGUAAUGAUACAUUGGCAAUCAAUCAGAUAGUAUGUUGAUCAACGAUCACUGCACAAUCAAUCAGUUAAUGCUGCCUUUCUGCCUUAAGUUGAAAUGUAAACCGUAGGUCAAAGCGGCUUCUUGGGCGCAUGACGACGUCGUCCGUUUAUUCUAUAGCAUUAACAAACGGAUGUUUUGUUUGCAUUGCACUUUUUAGAUCCUUAACUUCGGCGAACAGGAGGGUACGGCUCGAUUCGGCAACUACUAAUUCACGCCCGGGAAAGCCAAAACUACAUAGUUUUAAUGACUUGAGACCGGUGUAUACUGGUUCAUUGAACACUCAAGUGAAGUCAGUAAAAGCCUUUUCGCUUACUUCGUCUGUAAUUGCACUCGCUUUACAGCCAUUAAUGUUUGAGAAACUCGUGCUUAAUCAGCCCGUUUUAACUGGUGUAUUUUUAGGCACCGGUUGCCUAGGCUUUAUCCUGGGAACGCCUCUUCUUCUACAUUACGUUACAAAGAGAUACGUAAUAGAGUUGCGAUUUAGUGCGCAAUCUAGGAUUUUCGAAGCUGAUACUUAUUCGUUGUUGCUACGCCGUCAAACACUACGAUUCACAGCCGCUGACGUUAACGUUCCUAGCGUUCCCGGGCCGAUAACUUCCAUUGUGGCUUCAGGAAAGCCUCUACUUAUUGAUUUCAACCUGUUCACGACGAAUAAGCUGGUAUUGCUGAAUCUACCACAGAUCCGACGCUCAGACCGUAUAUUUCGAGAUUAGGACACACACGAGCAACUUACCAUUUCAGUAAUAGUUUAUUUCUUACUUUUAUAAACGAAAUCAUUCUUGUAUCAGACAAAGGUUUUCUUAAAAACUAGGUAUUCUACGCAUGAGGUGUUUUUCUAGGUUGUAGUUUUUUUCCUCCGUGCACUUUAGCGCUGAUGCAAAUAACAGACAAUAUGAUUAUUACAUAAUAUCUAGAGCUAACUGCAAUUGCAAUCUCAACUAUGUACAGCUAAGUCGUAAAAGUAUGUAAAUCUUCUCUAAAAGGCUAUAUUUAAAGGUUGAGGAUAGCCGUGCGAAGUUCCCUAAAUCACUGUCUUAUAAAAAUAAAUAAAUAAAAUAAAGCUACUGUUAUUAUUAUUAUUAUUUUCAUUACUGUUGUCAGUGUUGCUUGUGCAUAGCUAAAAUAAGUGCUCUGAGUUCUACGUCCGGUACUGCUGUGAAGUGUUACAUCAAAGGCCGGGCCUCCAUCGCGAAAUAAAGUGUGUUCAGGCCUCAUUCUAAAUUAGAUCACCUCGCCUUGUGUCCCCAACUUAAGUGGGCAAACAUAUCACGGGAACCGCGGUUUAUAACCGAUGUUCGUUUUUAUUAAUAGACUCCUUUUUUCUAAUUUCAUGU